CGGAGUUUCCCGAGAACAACUCUCUACGAGCACUAAUGUGUCCGUAUAUAAGGCAUCUGCAGCCGGGGCAGGGUGCUAGAGAAAUCUCAGGUGUUCAGCUCUUGCUUACAGCAAUAUUUCUGGUUUCUGAAAACCGAAAAGCGACUUGAGCUCCCCACACCUCGUCACAGCAGAAAUGUCUAAUCCGAAACCACUGCUCAUCCCAUGGCUGCGGGCCAAGAUUGACAGCGGAAUAUAUCCCGGCGUCGCAUGGACGAACCAGGAGCGAACAGAGUUUUCCAUCCCGUGGAAACACGGCUUGAGAACGGACUCCUCUGACUUUGACAUUCUCAUCUUUAAGGCCUGGGCGGAGGUGAGUGGCAGCGGCCGGGCUCAUGGAGACCCCUCAGUCUGGAAGAGGAACUUCAGGAGCGCCCUGCGAGUUAAAGGCUUCAAACUGGUGGAGGACAACAAGAACGACUCUGCCAACCCCCACAAAGUGUUUCACUGGCCAGAUGAGUCAUCAUCAGGAGCCAGUUCUUCUGCUGGAUCCCAGGAUCAAGACGACAUCGAUGUUCUUGAGGAUUAUGGCCUUCCCAUACAAGAAAGCCACGGCGCUGCACACUUUGACGGCUGCCUCUACCUUCCGGAAGAAUCUAUGUUUUCAGCAGGACACACAGCCAACCACGAUAUCCUCCAGCAGUGUCUGAAGGACCUCAGCAUCGGCCCUGAAGAGGGCACCGCAGGCUUUGAGCCUACUCCCGAGCAACAGCAGCUCCAGAAUCAGGUCGUGAUUGGCCCACCAGCGUUGCCUGGGCAACAGCAGCAUCCAGUAACGUUUGGCGGUGCAGCCGGGGAAACUGGGUUGCCUGAGCAACCGGCACGUCCAAUGGGGGGAGCUGUGGGAGGGGCCUGCAAUGAGCAGUUGGCAGCACGGUUCCUAGAUACAGUGAACAAGACCAGAGAUGGAGACCAUUUCAGGACUCAGUUCAGGAUAACAGUGUACUACAGAGGAGUGAAGGUGUCUGAGCAGCUGGUUGAGAACGAGGCUGGAGUCCGCUUAGUCUACAGGCCCGAGCUCGUCGGGUCCGUUGUAGAUCCAGAGUCUGGCCUCUCCCUCGUUUCCCUGCCAAGUCCCGGUGCCAUGCUGGAUCAGAUCCAAGGCAACCUGACCCAACGGAUCCUGGAGAAGCUGGGCGCCGGCUUGGAGGUCGGCGUGUCGGGGCCCGUGGUCUACGGCCAGCGACUGGGGGAAACCAAAGCUUUCUGGAGCUUUGACCGCUUUGACCGGAGCACGCAGGCCCAAGAGAUUUCCAAGCUGCAGCCUCAACCGCUCUUUCUGUUCAAGAACUUCCUGAGAGGAAUAUUGGACUUCAUUGAGGGGAGAGAGUGCCCUCCCUGCUCCCUCUUCUUCUGUCUCGGGGAGAAGUGGCCUGACCCGAGCGGCAAACCUUGGGAGAAGAAGCUCAUCACAGUGGAGGUUGUUCUGACUUCAAUGGAGCUGCUGAAGAAUAUGGCUGUCGGGGGCGGCGCCUCCUCCCUGCAGUCUGUAGAGCUGCAGAUGUCCCUCGAAGAGAUGAUGGAGUUGUGCUGACGCGCUUUGGUGUGUCCGGAGAAAGUCAUUACUUACCCCUAAUUUUGACAAGAACAUCUCAAAGCAUCACGUAGGUUUAGGUCUUGAUCCUUUUCCAAACUGAUCAUGCAAUAAUAAUUAGUGCAGUAAACAUGGAGUUGGAGCUGGAGCUGGAUUGACAGGUACUACACAAAGAAACAAACACAUGGAUAGGAGAGGUGUUAAAUGUUAUUGAAUGAUGUUUCUGAAAAAUGAAGGUCCCCAUGAAUUGCAUGUUUAUAUGUUUACUGGAAACCAUUUUAAUUUAUUUAUUUAAGCAGGGACAGUGUAACAUCAGUGAACAUUCCUUUCAAGAAACAAUAUAACAACACCCUGCCAAAUAAAUCACUGUGACAGACUGUAAACACGUUUGUGCCUACUGUUCACGUUUUAACAUGCAGGUCUAUGGGGAUUCUCCCUUUUUUCUGAGUCAGCCUCAAGUGGCCAUUUGAGGAAGUGCAGUUUUUUAUACUUGGGUGUUGGAUGUAUUUUCCAUUAAAACAGCAGAGGAACUGUCAGUCGUUCUGCUGAAUAUCCUGUGAAGAUCUUGUGAAACAUGAGACAGUUUUAGCAUAACAUUCAGUACACUGUACACCUGAGCACAUGUUAGGUACUGCAACACAACACCGACUGAAGAACUUCACAGAAUGAAGCACUGAACCUGUGCGGAUGUUUAGCUCCUCUUGGUUUAUGGCAGAUGUGGCCUACUUGGAAUUUUCUCUGAAGCCACACUCUGACUGAAUAAAACAUUUACACACGCACCACCAUGGAACAAACACGACUUUAUUAAAACAUUUACGAUAAACGUCAUCACCACUAAUCUAGUUCCUUCUACUAGAUCUACUGCACACACAGAAUUAAAACCAGAGUGACCUCAUAGCUGCUCUACGUUAUUAUCCUGAAUUGAAAGAAUACAAAAUUUUACAUGGUUUCUUGGGUUAUUCACUGUCAGGAUCUCUGGCUGCCUCUAAAUGAGAACGUCAUCCUUUACUUUCCAUGUCAUCCAUGUCAAUAUUUAUGCACUGAACAACUUUAGAAACUGGAUAUUUACAAAAAUCAAACAAACAAUAAAGUGAAUUGAUGUGAA